GGAAAAGGGGGUGCAGUAGUUUCCCUCCAUGUUCACGGGGUUGCAAGGACCACGCCCUCCUGUCAGGCACCACCAUGAUGAUGAUGAUGAUGAUGAUGAUGAUGAGGCACAAACAAGAGGAUUAGCUUCAUUCCCGGUUUACUCCUCCUCACCUGGGGGAUCAAUGAAAGAAGCCAUGCCGGUGCUCACAGCAGGAGCAGGGCUCCACGAGACAUUGGCCCUGCUCACCUCGCAGCUGCGGCCCGACGCCAACCACAAGGAGGACAUGGUCUUCCUCAAGGAUGUUUUCAGCGAGAGGAGCUUGGCGUACCUAAUGAAGAUCCACGACAGGCUGAGACAGUACGAGAGACAAAGUCCAACUCCUGUCCUGCACAGUGUCUCUUCUCUAGCUGAAGACGUGACGGACGAGCUGCAGAGUCGCCCGAUGAGCACGGAGGAGCGGGAGCUGCUGCAUCUGCUCACAUCACCGCAUCUCAAGGCCCUCCUUUCCGUCCACGACACGGUGGCCCAGAAGAGUUUCGAUCCUGUCCUUCCGCCGCUGCCCGACGACUACGAUGACGAACUGGAGGAGGAGUCGGUGAAGAUUGUGCGUCUGGUGAAGAACAAGGAGCCUCUGGGUGCCACCAUCAGGCGGGAUGAGGCCACCGGAGCUGUAAUUGUGGCUCGUAUCAUGAGAGGGGGCGCAGCGGACAGAAGCGGUUUGGUACACGUAGGGGACGAACUCAGGGAAGUCAACGGCGUCUCGGUGGUCCACAAGAGGCCCGACGAGAUCAGUCAGUUGCUGUCACAGUCGCAGGGCUCCAUUACUCUGAAGAUUAUCCCUGCUGUUAAAGAAGAAGACCGACUGAGGGAGAGCAAGGUGUACGUGAGAGCCUUAUUCGACUACAUUCCGUUGGAGGAUAAGGCCACGCCAUGCCAAGAAGCCGGACUUCCCUUCAAGCGUGGCGACAUCCUGCAGAUAGUGACCCAGGAUGACCCUACGUGGUGGCAGGCCAAGCGCGUGGGUGACAGCAACCUGCGCGCCGGACUCGUUCCGUCCAAACACUUUCAGGAGAGGCGACUGGCCUACAGGAUGAAAGUGGGCACGCUUCCCAAUCUCAAGUCCCCCAAAACUCCUUCCUACGACCAAGUGUGUGAUAAAGACGACUGUGACUGUGAGGGCUAUUUCAAUGGACAGUACAUAGCACCCUGCUUGGAGCCGUACACCACCCCCUUGCCAAGUCCCCCUUCCAUGCCUUGCCAACCAACCCCCCUCCCCACUUCCUGCAUCUGCUGCAGUGUUCCAGUGCCCCCACACCCUUAUCCACCACCCCACGGGGGCCCUCCUGCUGCGUUGGACGCAUUGCACACUGUAAGCAGGCACGUCUGUUGCUCGUUCACUUUCCUGGUGUGCACGUAUGAGGCUAAAUUGGGUGACACUCUAACACCAGUUGUAGUCUCUCCUAAGUGUAACGCAGUGGCGCCCUCCUGCGGCCAGGUGUUUUCCUGGGAAUUUUAUUCAGCCGGUCUGCGCAGGAGCUUCCGCCUGAGUCGAAAAGACCGACAAGGCUCCUCUAGCGACGGCUCCGAUCCGGGAGAUUCUGAGUUCCUGACCUACGAGGAGGUGACCCGCUACCAGCAGCGGCCCAACGAAAGGCCCCGACUGGUGGUUCUGAUUGGUUCUCUCGGUGCACGGAUCAAUGAACUCAAGCAGCGGGUGAUUGCUGAGAACCCGCAUCGCUACGCAGUGGCGGUACCACAUACCACCAGGCCCAAGAAACCUCAUGAGAAGGAAGGUGUGGAAUAUCACUUUGUCACCAAGCAGCAGUUUGACGUCGACGUCCUCAACAACAAGUUCAUCGAGCACGGCGAGUACAAGGAGAACCAGUACGGCACCAGUAUCGAGGCCAUCCGCUCCGUGCAGGCCAAGAACAAAAUGUGCAUUGUAGACGUUCAGCCUGAGGCCUUGAGAAGGCUGCGGACGGUGGAGUUCAAGCCCUACGUGGUUUUUGUCAAACCGCGGGUUCCCGAAAGCAGACGGCGUCGCACUGCCGCCACCUCGCCGGGAGGUGCGGAGCAAGGGCGCGUUAUGGACGAGGACCUCCAGGAGAUGCGCCAGUCCGCCAUCCAUAUGGAUCAGCAGUAUGGACAUCUGGUAGACCGGGUCCUGAUCAAGGAGGACUCAGCCAGUGCCUGCACAGAACUGCAGAGUAUUUUGGAAAGACUGGAGCAUGAGUGUUUCUGGGUGCCUCUCAGCUGGGUUCGGACCUAAAAACGCCUCAAAACCUCCAUCCUCCUGACCCUCAACCGGACUGGAGGUUCUGCUGCACUUCCCAUCCUGGACUCGGCGGGGAACUGUGUCUACAUCACAAAAAUUUGCAAAUUCCUGAAUGCCACAUUUAUCAGGUUUGCUUUGAAGAACUGCUUGAUUUCUCCCAUUGGAGUCCGUUUAGUAGCAUGUUUUGUAAUGAAGACAGAUCACAGAAUGCUUCCCAGACACAAACUACUCAACAGAAUGUAACAUGUUUAUUUUUCCACAAGCUUCUUUUCAAGGAACUGCAUGUCCACUUGCAUAUUUAAUGUAAAUAAUAUACAUGUGACUCCUGGUGUGCCAACGAAUGGAACUUGUUUACCUUGGAGCCUGCACCUGAUUGUAUGGAUGGGUGAGUAUUUUUUUGAAUUUAUUUUCAUAUUUUACUUGAACAGUUCUCACUUUACAGAUAAAUGCUAAUGCUAAAUGCUAAUUAAAAAGUGCUGACUGCAUUGCAUCUUGUCUUAGGGUAUAACCCUACACAUUUUUAUGUAUGUGGAUUUAAAAAAAAGUAUAUUGUGGCUGUCUUGCAGAUUAUAAUUUUUUAAAGCUUGUUACAUGUUAGUUUUGUUUGACAAUACAUAAACUAAUGCUCACAGGCGGAUAAUGCAAAAAAAAAAAAAUAAUAAAAGCUGAUUAACUGGA